AUGCAAGCCGUCAGGGCACGUCCCCACGCCGGUGUCACCAUCCCACACUUCUCCACAGACCUGGACUCCCAGGUCUCCUCCGCAGGGCUGGGGACGAUCCUGAGACCCGAGGAGCCCAAGUCCCGCUCCUACUUCCAGAGCGUUUCCGUCACCAAAGUGACUCUCCCAGACGGGGCCGUGGAGGAGCGCCGGACGGUGCGAGACAGCCAGGGCCGCCGCGAGACCACGGUGACGCGCCGGCGGGGGGACCAGGCCUUCAUCACCACCACCAAGGAGGACGGGCAGGGCAAGGACUACCGGGAGGAGGUGGUCAACAUGGAUGACCGGGAGCUGGCGCAGUUCGCGGGCGCGUGGCCGCAGCAGGACGAGCUCCACACGCCCCCCCUGAGCGACCCCUCCUCCCUGCUGGGCAGCUUCUUCCGACGCUGGUUCUCGAGCUGGUAG